CUUUUAAGGUUGUUUCUUUUCCCUUUUCAGCUGAUUUCCUACGUUUUAACAAAUGAAUCACUCAAACACUAACUGGUUAGAUAGUCUCGCUAAACACUCGAUAUUUGAAGUAAAAGAUGCAUAUAGAGAUUUUGCGGAAAAAUUGAAAGCAAAACAAACAAGUGCAGACAACUCUUCACCUAAUUGCAACCUUGCUCGACAUACGCGCGUAAUUGCACUCAGAGACAACGAUUUAUUCGUAGCCGUUGGAUCUACUAUUAGAGUUAUUUACCUGACAGCUUUUAAAGAUGCUUGGCUGAAGGCUUCUAAGGAGAAUGAAUCAAACAAUCAGAACGAUGCUUGGAUCAACAGCAUUCCUUACAAAAUUUUAGAUACGCCAGAUAUUAACUUUACUAUUGAGUUCAUGUCAGUGAACAAGAAUGGUAGACUCUUAUCUGUUGGUGAUCAAAACAGACUUACCAUUAUCUGUUUACCCCGCCAAAGCUUUUCGGACGUAUCGAGUGGAAUGUUAGGCAUGAAAGUUGAUUGCCGUACUCUAUCAAUUGGCUCAAAAUACUUUGAGGAAAAUGAAAUUUUGAAGACAGAGUGGCAUCCUCUUAGUGAAACUGGUACACAUCUUGUCGUACUUAGCAAUGAUAAUAUGUUGAGAAUCUUCGACAUAAGUGCUGAUAUUGAUACACCCGAGCAAUCCUUCGAUCUGUCACCCGCAGAAAAGAGUUCUGUAUCUUCAAAUCAGUCCAAUGUUGGAUUUUCUGUUGACGUUAGCGACUGUAGUGAGGAUGCAGUUACUUUUUCUCUUGGUGGUGCGAGUAAGGAAGAAAGUGGAUGGGAACCUUUCACCAUAUUUUAUGCCCUCCGCAGCGGGCACAUUUAUGCUCUAUGUCCCGUCCUCCCUUCUAGAAGUAUUGUGAGCCGUGAUCAUUUAGACAAACUCUCAUGCAUUGCAGAUGUCAAAUAUGAACAAGCCAAUGCGAGUGAAUCAAAAGAUCACAAAUCAUUGGCCCCUCUAUACAAUCUUCAAAGUAAAUGGAUCAAUGCAUUAUUAAAAUCAGCCAGAAUUGCUAAAAGAUCAACCUUACACACCAUGGAUGGCGACUCACUGUUUGUAACAAACGAUAGCAGUCAAAGCAAGUAUAAAUUACAGCGACAAGGACCUUUCAAGGUCAACAAUAAUCGGGGCACAUCAAUGGAUGCAACAGUUACAGAUAUCUUGUAUACAAAUUUCGAUUCAAUCAACAUCAUCUCAUUGGCUUUCACCGAUGGAACGGUUGAUAACUAUAUUCUUGGCAGUGAAAUUGAUGCAGAAUGGUCUAUUCCUGUAGUAACAUCCAAGGAUUCACGAAAGUUGGGAAGUUUGCUGGCCGAUGCAUCUCUUCUUCCAAGAGCUUCAUGUUAUGAAACUCUCACCUUCAAGCCACAAAACCAACCCAAGUUCCGUGCUAUUUCACUUGUAGCGAACCCUCUUUACAAUGGCACGUAUUUUGCUUACCAUGCUGGAGGUGUUCAUGCUGUGUGCAUGUAUAACUGGGCUCAAGAACUUGCUCGUAUCAGCCAUGCUUAUGAAGAAAACAGUGAGGGAGAUGCAAAGCGUGACCUUGAGAAAUGGAUGAAACAAAAGACGCCAUCAGAAGUUCGUACUUUGAUUAACACAGCACCUUUUGGUGGCAGCUGUGUACCUAUCCUUGGUGUAGCAGUUCUUACAGACAUUUAUCUUUCGUAUUCCCUUUUAGCUAUCACGAGUGAUUAUGGUCUAAUAGCACGAGAGAUGAAUUUGCGCCGUCAGGCUACUGAAUCAAAAGAAAUGCGCAACGCAGUCAAAGAACAACUGAGAAAUAUUGCUACUGAAGAUGGCAAUGAGAAAGAUGAUAGUUUGGGUUAUCAACCCGUCUUGCCGUUACCAGCUUUUCAACCACCUUCACAGCUCGAUACCCUACCAAAACAAGCAAAGAUUGUUCUCCCUGCAGAUGUGAAAGCCUCUGAAUCAGUUUCUAUAACAGAGGAAACACUCCGUUUCUUUACUGAAUCUGCUGAAAACAUUCGUCGUGAAACCCGUGAUAUUCAUAAAGCUGCUGUCAAAAUCAGUAACAGGUUGGCGAUUCAACAGAAGGAAUUUGAGAGACAAGUACGAACAGUGCGAGAGAUAUAUAUGAGAUUAAAGGAAUUAAAUUCACCUGAGGCCAAGCAGGAGCAACAGCAAAGAAUAAAUGAAUUAUCGCAAAAUCAUAAUAAGCUUAGAAUCAGAAUUGAUGAGCAAUUACGCACGUUAGUACGAAGCUAUCAACCAGCACUCUCACAAGCAGAGAAAGAAUGGAUCGAAAAAUUGGAGAAACUCUUGGAGCAAAUCAGUGGAAGUUCUGGUUAUGCUGCUAGAGUUGAAAAGUUGCAAUCUCAAUUAAAGGAAGUUGAAGCACAAAAUCAAAAGAAUAAUAAUGUCAAAUCAAGCAAGUUGAACCCUUCGCAAUUAAAGAAUAUUUUGAGUACUUUGAAUGAUCAGGAAAAAUCGAUCAAAGAUGUCAGUGGUAUCAUAGAAAAGUUGGAGAGCAGAUUUUCGUCCUUAACAGUUUAAAUCAGCGGUUAUAUUUUUACGAACCCCAUUUGUCAUACUUAGCUACAACAAAACAAAAUAAAGCAUCUUUCUAUAAAAAACGAGCAACUUGACUACAAAAACGUAUCAUUUACAAAAAAAAAAAAAAAAA